GGCAGUCGAUGGUCCGAACCAAGGUUAUUUCUUUGAAGGUGUCGGAAGCGCAAUGCCCAAUACUUACAACCUUGGUCAACCGUGUGCUUACGGUGGCCUUAUAUAUGCAUACAAUGAGACCUCAGUUCGAAUCUGGCGUCCAGACCACGCCACGGGUGCUGCGAUCUGCAUAUCAGAUAGUAUGGGAUUUGGAAUCAACUCUCAGGCUUCACAGAAUGGACAACUUGUCUUCAGGGUUUAUCAACCGCCUUCUUUCAAGAAAGCGGAGGAGUAUGAGCCAAUGAAACUUGUGUGCAGUCACUUCGCAAUGCUCGGCAAUGAUACAGCCUACAACAGCACUCCAAUCGCCAGUCAGCAGAACAUAACCACGUUGAUUUCGUGUGAUUACUCGUGUCGUCAACACAGCACGUGUGUGACCUACUCAUUCAGCAAUGACACGUGUCACAUGUAUAAUACAAGUGACAAUACGCUUCUGUUUACAAAAUCCGAUUCGCAAGUCUGGACACUGAAGGCUAGAGUUGUUAAUGUAGAAGAAGAACCGUAAACUUUGUAAUAAAUCCUCUGUACUAGUCAUUCUGAAGAGAAGUACUCGUAACUGUCUGAACAAAAUGAUCUUCGUAAUAUUUGAGGAACUGAUU